AUUUCUAUUUGCAUCAAUACCGACGUCCACACCCUAGAAGAGUGAUUCACUAGUUUUUGAUUUACCUGAUGGAUCUGCCACCUGGAACUGUUUUCUGUACACUGAGCAUAUUGACGUUCAGUUUGGGACAUGAAGCUGCUCCAUCUUCUCGUCCAGUGUACUUUCGUGCUUUGGAAACUGCUUUGCGGACCGAGCUGUUCAACACUAGAAAUUACUCCGCUCUCCAGCGACCGGACCAAAAAGUGACUACUAAGGUGUCCUUGACCUUGCUUACUAUUAACGAACUGAAUAUCAAAGAGCAGCUUCUCUCUAUAUCGGGAUAUCUGACAGUGGAUUGGAAGGAUGAUCGACUUUCCUGGAGCAACAGGUCGGAUACAUCUCAAGAUUACACCAGCAUUAACUUUCUCUUCAGCACGGAAAAAUAUGUUUGGACGCCCGCCCUAAUUGUUGAAAACUCAAUAGAUGAUAUGUCUAUUAUCAGCGACAACAAAAUCCCAAUGAGGAUCACAAGUGGAGGAAGGAUACAUUGGAGUCCUUCAGGAAUUUAUAAAGUAUCCUGUGAAUCCGACAUUACCUAUUAUCCUUUAGAUUCGCAGACAUGUAUCAUCAAGUUUAGUACCCGGGGCUAUACUCAAGCAGAAAUAAACCUGAAACUGGCCGCAGAAAACCCCGUGGAUCUAAGCUUCUAUAGUAGCAAUGGCGAAUGGGACCUCGUUACCGCCAUAGGAUACAAGUCUAGCGACAGAGAGAGAGGUGGGCAGUCGUAUUCUAGUUUAUCGUUCGCCAUAACGUUGAGAAGAAGACCUCUGUUUCAUGCAAUAAAUACGAUAUUUCCCGUUAUCCUGAUGGCGUUCUUGAUACCUAUGGUGUACAAAAUGCCCUCUGAUUCCGGAGAAAAAAUGGGAUACUGUUUAACAGUUCUGCUGGCCUACGCUGUAUAUCUGUCACUGAUUUCUGACAAUAUUCCGAGCACUUCAAUGAAUGUUUGCUAUCUUUCUAUCUACUUAGGAUUGACACUAACCUUCAGCACUAUUUCCGUGAACAUCGUCAUUCUCAUUAUAGACGCGUACUAUAAAGGGGACAAAGAGGCACCGGAUUGGAUUGAUACAAUUUGUAGAAAAUUAUGUUGUCAUAGAGGUAAAUGUGACACACGAAUAAAUAAAGUGAUCCCCUCCGAUAUGGACGGAGGAAUGAAUCAACAUGAUAUUAUUGCAGAAAUUCUACAAACUGGGGAGAAUUUUGAAGUCGAAAAACUAACAUACCGUCAAUUCUCGGAGAUUUUGGAUCAAUUGUUUUUUGUUAUUUACAUGAUUGCAAUUACAGCAACCACUCUGAUAUUUCUAAUAUUGCUUCUUGUACAUUAUCAUUCAUCCCUGUGACACACACACAUACACACUACUACUACUACUACCGUUUUGAUCAUUAGCCCAAUCGGUAAAGUGCUCAUUCCUGGUCGGACACUAGGUUGUGGGUUUGAAUUUGACCGCGUCUCUGACUUUUAAAAGAGCAAGCAACUGUUCCUUAGUCUGCGUUUGAAGUGAAAAUUGUGGAUCAUGCAGUCGGAUGAGACCUUAGAAUAAAGGUCCCAUGUCAUGGUAGUAGUUGACAUAAUGCACUCUCUCUGUUUUGGAAUUUUAUUUUAUAGAUUCUCGAAGGGACGUUAAACACCAUACUCACAAAGCACAGACUUUGUAUAUUUCUGGGUUGUUUUUUUAAAGGAUGUAACAAAUUACAUGAAUGAUACUUUGUUGUGUGGCUUUUCAAAUCAAGGUUUGAUAUUUGUUGGCUGCAUGGAUCCCGAUUACAUUUAUUAGUACCCUGUGAGUGACAAUUUUAGAACGUUUCCUUUCUCUGAACUAUAUAGGGUAUCCCUUUAAAUUGUCGACAGUCGAUCCCUCUUGAUACAUGUAUCUCUAUUUUAAACCCUACGUUUGAAUGUGUAUCAUACUUUAUUUGUGAGUAUUCGAUAUACAGGUUUAUAUAAGAUUACAAUGUUAUUGAUAGCUACAUUAAUUAUCAGCCAUGUGUUAUAUUGCUUGAUAUUGCCAUCAUUUGUACAUACUGUUAUGUGUUGCCAGUUAAUCUGUUUAUAUGCAAUAUAUAUUUGAUACCCUUAACAGAAUUGUAUUUUUCUAGCAUUUGUAUAUUUUUUAAAUUUUGUAUUUGCUCAUACGGGAUGAAAUCUAAGUUAAGCGUGAAAGGAUUUAGAAGGAAUUUUCUAACUGUGUCGACAGAUACGUAAAAAAAAAAACCAAGAUGAAGUCUUUUUGACUUAAAAUCUUCCUAUAUUCCAUUCAAAAUUCAGCUUUUUGCAUUCAUUCACAUAUCCUUAUGAAUGGAAAAUUCUCGAGAGAUACGUUAAACACGCUUCAUUCGCAUGCAUAUUAAGAGAGUUUCUUCCUACACAUUAAUCAAAAACAUUGAGAGCGGAUUUGCAUAUGCCGUUGCAUGGUGGGCUUUCCUAUCCCUUUUGAUACUUGUAUAUUGUAAAAUACGUAUUGUCAUGAUCUUAUUAAAUGAAUAUUGUUUUAUACUAAAACUUGAUAUGUUGUGAAGAUAUCCGAGGACCAAUUUUCAUGAACCAAUUCUUAUUAAAUGCAGAAAUAUAA